ACCCACUGGUGAUACACCGGUCUAUUGUAUCGGGGAAUACCUGCCGGGCGGACCGAUAGACACGCCAACAGGCAAUAGGCCAAGUCCCCUUGCACCCGUAAUGACCAUGUAUGACCCAUGGCGUGCGUUCGAUGCAAUCUAUAGCACUGCAGCCAGAGGAACUGCGGCGGACGAAAACAACGGUGCGAAUGCAAAGUUCAGCGGG